AUGUUGAAGUUGUGGCUCGGGCUCGCUCUAACGGCUGAUUCAUCGGCGUUAUUUAGGGGAAGCAAUAGUUUUGGGAUGAGUCUAAAAAGGCCAUCGGAGCUCUAUAAACACCUAAGAGUUUCCAAGAGAUACAUCCUGGGGAAAUCCCAUGAUGACAUAGUGACAUCGCUCCCAAAAGGUGAAGAUGCCCCCGAGCUAGAGUCACGACUUCAAUUCCAUAAGCAAUUUAUGAUAGGAGCGCAAAGUAACAGAGCGGGGUUAGGAUCAAAUAGGAAAGUCCAAGAUGCGGAUAUAUUGAAGUCUUUUAUUCGGCAAGACGAGAAUGAUAAAUAUAAGAUCCAUGCAAUGAAUUUAGAAAUGCAGAACGAGUGGUUAGACAUAGGAGAUUUUUGCAUCCCAUUGGCAUUAAAAUGGCGCACUUUAAUUUAUGAUUGGUCGCCAGCAUUGCUAAAAUUCUAUCUCAAUGCGUUCCAGAUGACUCUCCCAGAUCAGAGUAAUUUAGUAAGAUGGGGUAAAAGUACCGAAAAAACUUGCUAUAUCUGUGGAAAGGCAGUUGGAACUGCUAAGCAUCUGCUAGUGGGAUGUAAGGUACUCCUUGACAGCGGUCAAUACUCGCGUCGUCACGAUAGGGUUCUAGAAGUCAUACGUGAAGCGGUUAGUCUUUCGGUAGCCAGAGCGCAAAAGGGAAUAACCACAAACGAACGAUCAGUAGGUUUUGUGAGAGAAGGCUCUAGGGCUACAAAAUCAAACGUCAAGCCUUACUCCAUCCUUAAAGCGGCGUCGGAUUGGACUAUAAUGAUGGACACGUAA